AUGAAAUCAUACGGCCUAGGGAGCAUAACUGACAUCCUUCUUUGCAUGAUCCCGGCACUCAGUUCUAGGAAUCUCUUGCCUGACCAGGGCAUUCCCAGAUUGAUGCCUCGUGUUGGCCCUGGGCGUGGAUGGGUAAAAACAGCGACCUGUCACAAGAAGCUCGUUGAAACGAUUAAGACAAAGGGCGAGAAGCUCAACGAAGAUGACAAGUUGAACGUUGCCAUUGCUGUGGCUACAGUCGACUUCUUGUCCUCCGCUCAUGAGCCGUAUCAUGAACAGAUGACGCCUCCUUCGGACUUGUGUCGAGAGCUGGAAGCUAUUGAAAGACAUCUCGAAUCCCCCAAGUUCGCCGGCAUCAUGGCAAAGCUCGACCUGUUUACCGCUGCCAAGACCGUCACGAAAUAUUUUCCAGAAUUCUCGAGAAAACACGGCGGAAAACAAUCUCUUGAGAAGAAGGACUCUUGGGGCCGCCAACCACUUCACAUCGCCUCCAGGCUAGGACACACGAAGUUGAUCACCCAGCUUCUGCAUAUGGGAUCGCGUUCAAAUGAGCUCGACGAGGCUGGAAGAUCCUUUGUUGACUACCUUGUGGAAAAUGCAACAAGACAAAGAGACGAUAGCGUCUCUCAGACGCAGCAAAACACCGAUUCCUCAGUCACUGGCUCUCCCAAUGUUUCUGAGAGCAUGUUCAAUCCCUGCUUCAACGCACUUUUGAAGUUUGCGAUGGAUCCAAGCUGCCGGUACAGCAGUGGAAAAUCAUUCCUUCAUAUUGCAGUUGAGGUUGCAGACGACGAUAGCAUCCGUAGUCCAGAGGGGAAAGGCUUUAACAUCGAAGCCCAAGACAAGAAUGGGUGCACGCCUUUACGCUAUGCGAUUAUCGGCGGCCAUUCGGAAGGAAGGACAGCCCUACACAGGGCGAUUGAGCGCAAGGACCAAGAUGUUGCGCUCUAUCUAUUGAGCGCCGGCAGCCCUGGCCAGGUGCAAGAGAAUGCUUUCGACUAUAGCCAUGAGUCCUUGCUGGUCACAGCUUGCAAACAGGGAUUUUCAGAAAUUGUCCCAGAUAUCCUGAAGCAAUGGCCCAAGACCAUAAAUGACGAGGACUCUAGCUAUCAACAGCCGCCUAUUUCAUGGGCUUGUGAGAGUGAGCAUCACGAUAUUGUCAAACAACUACUUCAACAUCAGGGCCCUGAAGUAGAUGACGUGAAUCAGGCCGCUCCAGGGUGGAGAGGGUAUACUCCAAUACACUUUGCGGCUGAUACAUCAGACUCCCAGAGACUCCACCGCCUGAAGGAGUUCACCUUCUCCCAAUCCUCUCAGUUCCACGGUUUGAUUGGGAACAUGUUGCAAGCUCUGCUAGAGACCACUUUAAUUCUCUCAUUCCUUCAUGAGCUUUCUGUCCAAGAGCUUCCAGCCAGCGCUCAAAAGGCAUUCGACAAGUUCGCGGGCGAUCGAAGGCAGGAGACAUGGGUAAAGUCGAAGACCUCUUACCACGUAGCAAUCUUACUUCGCGAUAAGAAGCUUGUGCAGAUCUUGAUAGAUCACAGUGUUGAUCAAAAUGGCCUUGACGAAGACAGUUGGUCCUCUAUGGACUACCUGAAACGUUUCUGCCUCGAGGAAACCUUCAGAAGCCUCUACAACCACUCGAAACCUGGGGAAAUCGAUAAGACACCCGACUAUAGGAGUCCCGCCACCCUAAUUUGGGACCAGUACAAGGAAAGCCUCCAAGUCACUUCCGAACCCGUCGAUGGCCAUGAUAAAUACCCAACCGCCCACGGUCGUCAGGCAAUCGCCGAACCUCCUAAGAGGAUGUAUACGCGCCAACCACAGUAUCCCUCCAUCGAGAGAAUAUUUCAAUUCGAGGUCGAAGUCCUUCGUAACUCCAAUCCUCGGUAA